AUGUCGCAACUAUGUGACUUAAUGGAUGACUUCCCGUCGGCAUUUAUAACCCUCACAGAAUUUGAUUUACACCAUGAAGGUCUUAAUUUUUGGCAGAAAAAAUCUUUCUUCAGAAGCCUUGUAGUAAAGGCCCUCAUUGUCGCAGUCGCUAGAUACAUACAAGCUAAUAGUUGCUGUAGCGAAGCGACCAGCUUAAGCCUUAAGUUGAACAAGUACAGCUUCCAUGGUACAGUCAGUAAAACUGGGUACAUCCUCUCAAUGAGCCGUCGCACGCACGUUCUGUCGGCCUUUGUGCACGUUCCGGGAUUAUGGGGACACCUUGUGGAAGGACGCGAGUUGUUCCAGGCCAGUAAAGCCCACUCACUGCGUGCCGCGUGCCGGUACCGAUGGCUAUUGCGUGGGAAAGAAUAUGCCGCCUUUAUAAAGAUCAACAUCAUGAAGGCAUAG